AUGGCAAGUGCAUCGCUCUGUGCCGCUAAUACAUCGGCAUCUCAAAAUCUUCGGAAAGUGUCUGGUUUUGCUGAAAAUAAAACCACACAGUGCUCGUUUUCCAUUGAAAGUAUUUUGGGAUUGGAGCAGAAAAAAGAUGGCAUUCCAGCUGGGAAACCUCACAGACCAUGGAUGGAUGCAUGCACCAAUUUGGUUGUAGGUGAUGACAGUAAUCCUCAUCUGCAGAUCCCUGUUGUUUGCUAUGAAAAUCCGUUCUUUCAUGCUAACAGUAAUCCAGUGCAAGAGGAAAAAGUUUUGAAAUGUGAAAAAUAUUUUUCAGUCACUGAAAGGCUAUCUUUCAAACGAGAAUUGAGCUGGUACAGGGGCAGAAGACCAAGAACUGCAUUUACUAGAAAACAGAUUGAAGUAUUGGAAAAUGUUUUUAAAAUGAACUCCUACCCUGGCAUUGAUAUUAGAGAAGAGCUAGCUUGCAGAUUAGGUUUAGAUGAAGACAGGAUCCAGAUCUGGUUUCAGAACCGUCGUGCAAAGCUGAAAAGAUCACACCGAGAAUCUCAGUUUCUAAUGGUGAAAAAUACUUUUACCUCCAGCCUGCGAGAGUAG